CACAGCCACUAGGUGCAGAGCCUCCCUGGGGCUCCCGCUGCGCCCGGGAGGAGGAGCAGGUCCUUUCUCGCCGCUGCCGAGUGACCGCCCGCUCCGGCCCUCGCCCGCCGCAUCCAGGGGCCUCGCCGCGGCUCGGGACCCGGCAGUCGCAUCUCCGUCUCCCCUUGUCUCCGCCGCCCGCCCGCCCGCGGCGCCAUGAGCGCGCGGCUCUCGCUCUUCCUGGGCCCGCUGUGCCGCCCGUUGCAGCCCCUGGGCCGUCCCCCGGUGCCCUGUCGGGCCCGCAGCGGGGUCGGAGGCGCCGGGGAGGAAUCUCUUGGGCGCCGGCGGCUGCAGGACGGCAAGGCCCAGGGCAGCUGCGGCCGGGGCAGCCAGGUGCCCCCGGCGCGGGACUCGGUGAUCAGAGAAGUCAUUCAGAAUUCAAAAGAAGUUCUGAGUUUAUUGCAAGAAAAAAACCCUGCCUUUAAGCCAGUACUGGCUAUUAUUCAGGCCGGUGAUGAUAACUUGAUGCAGGAAGUAAACCAGAAUUUGGCUGAGGAGGCUGGUCUGAACAUCACGCACAUUUGCCUUCCUUCAGAUAGCAGUGAAGAUGAGAUUAUAGAUGAAAUCUUGAAGAUUAACGAAGAUCCCAGAGUACACGGCCUGGCUCUUCAGAUCUCCGAGAAAUCAUUCAGCAACAAAGUCCUCAAUGCCUUGAAACCAGAGAAAGAUGUGGAUGGUGUGACAGGUGUAAACCUGGGGAAGCUGGUCUGUGGGGAUGCCCAUGAGUGUUUUGUCUCACCUGUUGCCAGAGCUGUUAUUGAACUUCUUGAAAAAUCAGGUGUAAACUUAAAUGGAAAGAAGGUCCUGGUAAUAGGAGCCUACAGAUCUUUGGAAGCUUCCCUUCAAUGCCUUUUCCAGAGAAAAGGGUCCAUGACAAUGAGCUGCCAGUGGAAAACACCUCAGCUUCAAGGCAAGCUUCAUGAGGCUGAUAUUGUGGUCCUAGGCUCGCCCAGGCCGGAAGAGAUUCCCCUCACAUGGAUACAGCCAGGAACUACUGUCCUCAAUUGUUCCCAUGACUUUCUAUCAGGGAAGUUUGAACGUGGUUCUCCUGGGGCACACGUAGGCGGUCUCAGUGUAGAAAAUGACGUGAGUCUCCUUGCCGCAGCCCUGCGGAUUCAGAACGUGGUCAGCAGUGGGAGGAGAUGGCUUCGCGAGCAGCAGCACACACGGUGGAGACUUCACUGCCUGAAACUUCAGCCUCUCUCCCCGGUACCCAGCGACCUUGAGAUUUCCAGAGGACAGACUCCAAAAGCUGUGGAUGUCCUUGCCAAGGAGAUAGGAUUGCUUGCAGAUGAAAUUGAAAUCUAUGGCAAAAGCAAAGCCAAAGUGCGUUUGUCCCUGCUAGAAAGGUUAAAGGAUCAAGCAGAUGGAAAAUACGUCUUAGUUGCUGGGAUCACGCCCACGCCUCUCGGCGAAGGAAAGAGCACAGUUACGGUGGGGCUGGUUCAGGCCCUGACCGCGCACCUCAACGUCAACUCCUUCGCCUGCCUGAGGCAGCCUUCGCAGGGACCGACUUUCGGAGUGAAAGGAGGAGCCGCGGGUGGUGGAUAUGCCCAGGUUAUCCCCAUGGAGGAGUUCAACCUCCACCUGACUGGGGACAUCCAUGCCAUCACUGCCGCCAAUAACUUGCUGGCGGCCGCAAUCGACACAAGGAUUUUGCACGAAAACACACAAACAGAUAAGGCUCUGUACAAUCGGCUGGUUCCACUAGUGAAUGGUGCCCGGGAAUUUUCAGAAAUUCAGCUUGCUCGACUGAGAAAACUGGGAAUAAAUAAGACUGACCCGAGCACGCUGACCGAGGAGGAGAUGAGCCAGUUCGCCCGGCUCAACAUUGACCCCUCCACUAUCACGUGGCAGCGAGUACUGGAUACAAACGACCGAUUUCUACGGAAAAUAACCAUCGGGCAAGCAAGAACAGAGAAGGGAUUUUCCCGCCAGGCGCAGUUUGACAUCGCCGUGGCCAGCGAGAUCAUGGCAGUGCUGGCUCUGACCCACAGCCUUGAGGACAUGAAGGAGCGGCUGGGGAGAAUGGUAGUGGCCAGUGACAAGGACGGGAAGCCUGUGACAGCCAAUGAUCUGGGGGUGACAGGUGCUUUGACAGUUUUGAUGAAAGAUGCAAUAAAACCAAAUCUGAUGCAGACACUAGAAGGCACACCUGUGUUUGUGCACGCUGGACCCUUUGCCAACAUUGCUCAUGGAAACUCUUCUGUGUUGGCUGAUAAAAUUGCCCUGAAAUUGGUUGGACAAGAAGGAUUCGUGGUGACUGAGGCUGGCUUUGGCGCUGACAUCGGGAUGGAGAAAUUCUUCAACAUCAAGUGCCGAGCUUCUGGCUUGGUGCCCAAUGUGGUCGUGCUGGUGGCGACGGUGCGAGCUUUGAAAAUGCAUGGAGGAGGGCCAAACGUAACUGCUGGUGUCCCUCUUAAGAAAGAAUAUACAGAGGAGAACAUCCAGCUAGUGGCAAACGGUUGCUGCAACCUGCAGAAGCAAAUUGAGAUUGCUCGGCUCUUCGGGGUCCCCGUUGUAGUGGCUGUGAAUGUCUUCAAGACUGACACCCGUGCGGAGAUCAACCUGGUGUGUGAGAUGGCCAAGCAGGCAGGUGCCUUUGACGCUGUUCCCUGCUACCACUGGUCUGUGGGCGGGAGAGGCUGUGUGGACCUGGCCCAGGCCGUCAGAGAGGCUGCAAAUGAAAAAAGCCAUUUUCAGUUCCUGUAUGAUGUGCAGCUUCCAAUUGUGGAAAAGAUAAGGACCAUUGCCCAGUCUGUGUAUGGAGCCAAAGAUAUAGAACUCUCUCCUGAGGCACAAUCCAAAAUAGAUCGUUACACUCAACAGGGUUUUGGAAACUUGCCCAUCUGCAUGGCAAAGACCCACCUUUCUCUGUCUCAUGAACCUGACAAAAAAGGUGUGCCAAGGGGCUUCGUUUUGCCAAUUAGUGAUGUCCGGGCCAGCAUAGGUGCUGGGUUCAUUUACCCUUUGGUCGGAAUGAUGAGCACUAUGCCAGGACUGCCAACCAGACCCUGCUUUUAUGAUAUAGACCUCGACACAGAAACAGAGCAAGUUAAAGGCUUAUUCUGAUUUAAAUAGAACUUCCAGAUGACCUCAUUCAGGCUCCUGAAACUCUUGAAACUACUCCUUGCCUUUUUGCUGCAGUUGGAGAAGAAAGCCAAUUUUGAAAUAUGCCUGUUGUUACGCAAUGCUGGAGAAAUGGAGAAAUAGGCCAAAGAUUUACUUUUCGAUCAAAAGGAAUUCUGUUUGCAACAGUAUAAUGUUCAGCAAAGGACCUACACCAAGUUUGAAAGAAACUAAUUUAUUUUCUGUUUCUGCAAAGUUUACAUUAUGUGCCCCUGCUUACACUUCAGGAUGUGUGAUUUUGGGGGACCAAGGGAUUAAAGAGUAUAAACUAACAGGUAACGUUUUUCACCAUGGAGUUAUAUAUUUUGUGUUUGAACUGAAAAUAAAUGUGUAUCUAGAAAACCUA